CGAACAGGCUCUUGUCAGACACGUAUACGUAGCCGCUGCUGAACUGCCACAAUGUUUUUGCAGUCACGUGUACGCUGUGUUCUGCAAAUUACUCAACGUAUACGAGCGUAUUCAAGCACGGGAGCUUCCAACUAUUACGAUCUGCUAGAAGUGCCCGUCAACGCAUCGAUUAAGGACAUUAAGAUUUCGUUCAGGAAGCUCAGCAAGAUCCACCAUCCGGACGUAAACACACAUCUAGUCGGCGAAGAAAAAGAAGUGAACAACGAAAAGUUUGUGGAGAUAGUGAACGCAUACGAGACACUUAAGGAUGUCAAGAAGAAGAAACAGUACGAUCUCCAGCUCAAGCUAGUGGGCAAUUUCCACGGAGCUAACGCGACUCUGCAUACCAGUUCUGCCAGAGAAGACUGGAAUAACCAGUACUACGGCGAAGCAAAGUACUAUUCAAGGUCUGGGGGUCAUUACACUGCUUCUGGACUCAAUAGCAAGAGACAUAAAGUGUACAACUUUUCCAAUCAUGGAGAAGGGUCACAUUUUUCAGGAAAACAUAUCAAUUACGGUGACCGGUUCGACGUUCCUCACUUCGACUAUAACGAGCAUCUCCACAAGCAUCUCAAGUUCGAACAGCACAUCAUCAACAAACACAUCUCUCCAGAGGAAAGAAGCAAGAUCCUAGAGAAGCUCAGCAAAUCAGGAGAAAAGCUCAGCGAAGAGCUUAUAACCAAGCAUUUGAUGCGCCAUGUUCAUCAUUUCAAGGGUAAUGAGGUGAAUCCGAACCAUUUCGCGAGCCUGACAGCUACGUUUGCGCCCCAGGCUACAGCUAGUAUGUCUUCAAAGAGGAAUCCUCACAUGUACCAUGGCCCCAGAGUAGAUGAUAAUGAUUCUGGAACGUUCAAGACGUUUAUGAUACUCGGAGCCGGAGGGUCUUUGUUUCUUUUGUACAAGGCACUUUUUUGAACAUAUACAAUGACUAUAUCAUAACUUACGACUUAACGCAUUUAUACAAUCUCUAUUAGAUAUACACGAACAGAAUAUACCGAUAGAAAU